AUGGCUGCUUUCUUCCCAUUCUUUCUUCUUUCCACUAAUCUAAUGGUUUCAUUCUCCCAUCGAGAGGUUAUGAUACUAGCAAGAGUCCUAUUCUUCUCCUCUCGAUCCUACCUUGGGUUAUGUUUGACAGGGAUGGUCAGUGAACUUCUACUGGUUUCAAAGGAGGAUAGAGAUCCAUUGGGGAAGGCUCGAAAGGUUAUUCGAUAUCAACCCUCGACGCGCCGCAGCCACUAUUUUGACUCCUUUUAUGCAAUUAUGAACGAAACUUUCUCGAUUCCAAUGCAACUUAUCCUUUUGGAGUUGACGUAA